AUGGCGCCGGCAACGAUAGAAUAUCGUCGAGUCCGGAAACGCAUCCAGCGCACCAUGGGCUAUGGUUGUCGUCCGACCAAAACACUUUCACUACCACUGACAGAAUUUGCGGUGGACUACUUUGACAAAAGCUCGCCCUUCGCCUAUUUGAAGCCUGAAACUUCAGCUUCUAUUUCGAGGUAUGGCUAUGCUGACCCGUGCACUCUAAUUGUGGCCAUGGUCUACCUUGACCGACUGAGACUACGAGAAAAGGAGUUUUUCGAAUCGUCGAACCCGGCUGAUCUCUACCUUCCCGCGCUGAUUCUUGCCUCGAAGUUUCUCUACGACUCCGAUAUGGAGGAGAGGGCGGCAAACAGUGAUUGGGCGGCGUGUGUCGAGAUGGAUCCGGAGACGUUGAACGAGUUGGAAUGGGAUAUGGCGCAAAAAUUGGACUGGCAAUGCAUGGUGAAAGGGCCAGAAUUCGAAAAGAUGCUUGUCAAUCUCGAGCGAUACGUGGCGGCAAAUUUGUUGAAGAAACAUGGCUUUUGCUCCUACAACGAAUUGCGAUUGCUAAGCGACGGGAUUGAGAGCGCGUCUUAUUGGACUACGCUAUACAACCUCUUCUCCUUGCUGGGAACGGCUUCGUUCGCCUACGUUGUCACCAUCGCGUCACUCUUCACGGCUCCCCUUGUCUACCAGCCAGCUUCGGCGCCGUGCAACGUCAACUGUUCUACAUCAGUGAUCGACUCUCCGAUGGGAACGCUACCGGCUGCAUUCGACCACCCAUACUGGAAUGCACCGGAUAUAGAAGCCGAUGAAGACACGACAGACUUCUCCGAGGUGGCUUCCGUUCCACCAGCUAUUGGCCUUUUCGAGAACGAGAAGCACGAGCCGGCCGAACCUUUGCCUGGUUUCGGAUUUGCGGGCCUCAACCCUACCAUCCGGCUCCGCGAUACAAUUGGGACGCUCUUCUCAUUCAGGGGAGAUCCAUUCGAUUUGCGUCAAUUUCUGCUCAAGGACGACGUCUUUAUCGCCCCUGAAGAAGCAUGUAUGAAGCGCAGCUUCAAUUUGUCUUUAUUUGAUCUCGUUUCGCUAUCGACCAACCGCUUGCAGCCGGAGAUCCACUAUACCAUUGGCACGUUUAUUCAGACUCCGCAUGCGGUUGAAUCAGCUGGAGGCAAGGUCACAUCCUUCGCAUACCCGGAUUCGAUGAGAGUUUGCGUGGUUGGUGCUGGCGCUUCAGGGCUGCCAGCCCUCAAGUCGUGUCUGGAGAAUGGAUUAGAUGCGAUUUGCUAUGAGAAGACAAGCGAUCUCGGCGGGUUAUGGAACUAUCGACCUAAUGUUGCUGGAAUCGAAGGCACUGUCAUGGCAACGACAGUCGUCAAUACAUCAAAAGAAAUGAUGGCAUAUUCAGACUAUCCACCUCCCGCCGAAUGGGCCAAUUUCAUGCAUCAUUCUAAAGUCAACGAAUACCUUCAUCAAUAUGCCGACAAAUUUUUGUUGAAGCCUCAUAUCAAUUUUAACGUUUCAGUAACCAAGAUUAUUCCCGGGGGCCAAGGCUUCACCGUUGAUUUGUCGAAUGGGACAACAGAAUAUUUCGACAAGGUGAUGCUAUGCACCGGUCACCAUGCUAAGCCGUUGUCGCCAGAGCUUAAUGGUUUGGCGGAUUUUAAAGGACGCACGCUACAUGCUCAGCAUUUCCGAGACACCAAGGGUUUCGAGAAUCGCAAUGUGUUUCUCGUCGGAAUUGGUAAUUCAGCCCUCGAUAUUGCGGUUGACCUCGCGAAAGUUGCAAAAUCUGUAACAAUCUCCACCCGACGUGGCACAUGGGUCUUUAAUCGUGUUUCUCGUGGCGGUAUGCCGUAUGAUACCAUUUUCAUGAGCAGAUAUUAUCGCUGGGUGAUGAACACUAUCCCAUGGACUGUUGCUAAUGACUUUAUGGAACAUGUCUGCAACCAGCGAAUGGACCACGAUAUUUAUGGUCUCAGACCGGCCCACCGUUUCUUCCAGCAACAUCCAACAGUCAAUGAUGCUUUGGCGAACCUUAUUGCUGCUGGUUUCAUCACAAUUGCUGAUGACGUCGAACGGAUUGGAGAACAUUCGGUUAUGGUAAAGGGCGGCCGUGAAUUCCCAUGUGAUGACCUGAUAUUCUGUACUGGCUACGAAUUUGGUUUUGACUAUUUGGAGGGCGAUUUAGUGCGAGUGGAGAAUAGAAGAGUCACGCUCUAUAAGUAUGUAUUCCCAGUGGAAAACGAUUCCCUAGCCGUGAUUGGACUGAUCCAGCCCCUUGGCAGUAUUAUGCCAAUUUCCGAGAUGCAGGCAAGAUGGGCGGUCGGCGUUUUCACGGGGAAGUUACAACUACCCCCUCGUGAUGAGAUUUUGAUGGAUAUUGAAAAGAAGGCUAAAGAAAUUCAGAGGCGGUAUUUUGAUAGCAGCAAACAUACAAUUCAAGUUGAUUACGAUCGAUAUAUGGAUGAGCUGGCGGUGCUUGUCGGAUGUAUGCCGCCUUUGAAAGAGCUUUUGUUUUCGAAUCCUCGGUUGGCUAUGCGGUUCUUCAUGGGUCCUAACGCUCCUUACCAGUACCGAAUCCGUGGCCCGAAUGCUUGGGAUGGGGCUCUUGAGGCUUUCCUGACCGUUGGAGAACGUGUGAAGAAGCCAUUAAAGAAUCGCGAAUGCCGAACGAGAAGGCAUAAGAAGCGUGGAAACACUGAUGAAUGGUUCCGUUAUGCCUCACUAAAAUGGUGUGCAAACUGGACGAUAGUUGGAGUUGUAUUCGGAGGACUAUGGCUUUGCGCGUGGCCGAUCGGCGGCUUCUCGGCCCUUGCCUACAUAAUAUCGAUAGCAAUCCUCUCAGCUCUGCUCAUUUUCACCCACCUAUGGUUUGAUCUGCAGUACGAUAUGAGCACGUGUUUA